GAUAUCAUAGGGUAUUUUUCUUUCUCUUUCUGGCUUAAUUCCCUUAGAAUGAUGAUCACAGAGUCUGUUAUCUUUAUAUCUUCAUUACCUGCCCUCGAGCCUGGCACAGAGCAGGUGUCCAAACAAAUAAAUGUUUGAAUAGAUGAUUGAAUUGUGAAGCAUGAGUAAAUCCACCUGACGUAAACUGUCCGGCACUGAUUUCUCAUAAUUCACCUUGUGCCAGCCUUGAUUCUGUUUUGCUCCGUUCUGUGUGCUCCGAGAGCCGGCGCAGCACAGGCAGCCGCAGUGGCUUCAGGAACGGGGAGGCUGAAUCCAGCCGAGCGGCUCGGUCGCGGCGCAGCCAGGGUCGCCGGGGCAGGGCCAGGCCGGGGUCCCACGGAGCAGGAGGGUGGGGCUGAGCAAGGGAAGGCUGCGCUUCAGGGCUGGGGCCCCACCUGGUGACUCAGCCCAACCAGAACAGGCCAAAGGAGGCACGUGUUGGCGUUGCCAGCACCCUGAGGCUCCUUCUCGUCUUCCCGCCCUCCGUCCCCAGCCCGGGCUUGUUCCCCGGUUCUCUGGGGAAGGCGCUCGGCUGCCGGAGGCCACACCUCGGUUGCCUUGUGCUCCGGGACGGCUGGACCUAGCAGGCUCUUUGUCUCACCAGCCGCGCGCCCAGCCCUGUUGCUGGAUUUCUACAACUGCGGUAGUCAGGCAGGCCUUCUUCUCUCGAGGCGUGGCCCCUGGACAGCGUUACAUCUGACAUUUCAGGAAGAGGGCAAAGGACUAUUUAAUGGGCUCUGAACCCUUGGACUGCAAACACAAGCCUGUAGUCCGUCCUUUUCCUCUAAAGAACUACUGUAACGACAAAAAAGGAAACAGGAGGACGUUGACUCCAGAGCCAAGUGCACACCUGCCGGGUGAGGGUGAGACUGAAGAUAAGCAGCUCCCCCCUUCUCCUGCGGAAGCAGAGGCUCAGGGAUGGAGCCAGGAAACAGACCACGAUGAUUUUGAGACCCUGUCCCACCAGAGUGAAAGUCACUCAGACACAAAAACUGACCCCUUUGAAAGUGCCUCCGACACAGAGUCCCUGCCUGACCUCACAGGGGGAGUCAGCCUCCCUCCGGAUGGCACCUCCGGGGACAGAGAAGGGCUCGAGGGAUGCUCUGACAUCUUGGUAACCAGACCCCCUCCGGCGCCGCAUUCAGCUAGUGGCUCAGAGCUUAAUGCAGAGGAGGAACUAGAUCUGUGCCUCGACUUCAAGGAAGAGUCUUAUGAAAGUGGGUUCCGAGCCUUCGCUGCAGUUGGUGGAGAAGUGAGGGCCGCACACCUGCGGGAGGGCGUGGCCGGCCCCGAGCAACAGUCCCCGCUGGCAGGGGCCGCUCACCACGCGGAGGGCUGCGUGCAGCUGGACACAGGUUGCCAGCCCCUCCCAGCAAAGGUGGUGACUGUACAAGACCUCAGGGGUUUCUCUGCUUUUUCUCUACGGAAGCCCAGGUCUGAGAGUUGUCUGGGCAUCCUGGGGGUCUGGCCCUUCCUCCUCCGGUGCAGUGAACACGGCCGGAGCUGGCCGCACAUACACUACAGGGCCGGGGGACCAGGGCUGCGUUUCAGCGACCCGCUGGACAGCACUGCCCCUCAGGGGGCCAGGACAAGGAAGGGGAGUACCCGAGGCCCCACGGUGGACGCAGGCUUACCCUGCUCCCAACCCUGCUUUGACGCCCCCUGCCAGCAUCCAUCCAGCAUCCUGCCAGAAGCAUCUUGCCUCCUACAUGCCAAGCUUCGCCAUAGCGCCCCAGGAAACAUUGGUGGGACAUCCCCACCGCACCGCUGUCAGCCCACGAGGACACUGAACAGGGCCCAUUCCAUAGCAGAGUUUCCCUUGAGAUACUGUGAGGAUGCUUUAGGGCAGAACUCGAUGACGUCUGGGACCCAUUUGAAGGAAGGGACAGAAGCAGAACCGGCUCCGAGAACGCAAAACUCUCUUCGCCAUAUUCCCACCCAGCUAUCUCACUCGCUUCCUGCUCUGGGCAAACCCAGUGCUCUUAGCUCGAAAGGGGCCUCCCAGGACACGCCCUCUGAAGCUCCCCGGCUGGAAAACCAGUCAGGACAGGAUUCUAGGUCCGGCCCCGUCUGUUCAUGCCCUCCUGCGGAGCUGGUGAGCCUCAGCGCAUUGGGAGUGCCAGUGCCAGCAGGGUGCGAGUCGGAACACGGCCCAUUUGAAAGCAGACCAGAGGAACCCCCAGGCGCUGGCCUGGUACCAAAUGCUGACGACGUGAGUGAUAAACAGAAGCACCUUCAGGACAUUUCUGUUGAAGCAGGAAACCAAACCGGUAAUUACACAUCAAAGUUUGUCCUCAGUGAGAAAAGAAAGCCACCUGCUAGGGCCAAGUUCCCACAUCAUCCCAGCAAUAGCGGGUCACAGGUGUGGAACAGAGACUGGAGGGUUUGCUCUGGAGUGAGCGGUUGUUCAGACGCGCCAGAGACCAUCCCGAAAUUAAGCGCAACAGACUCUUCAAAGGAAGCAGAAGUGAUGGUUCCAGACCCCAACUUCACGAAAAAUGCCUUGCAGAGUUUUUCCGGAAUAACAGCAGCCACCCUGGCUCACUGCAGCUGCGGGGAUGAGGAGUGUGCCCAGGGGCACGAGGGUGGCUCCACGCCCUUUGCAGAGGGUCUCCAGCUAAAGCCCGAGGCAGACACGGCUUCUAAGGGCGGGGGCGCGCUCAUCAUUAUCGCUGUGGAACAGAAAGGGCUGCAGGCCACCAGUGGGGAGGUGGGGCCUCUUCCAGACACACAGUCCUGUGAGUUUCUGGAGGAAAGACCAGGAUCUCCUCGCAGUGCUGGAGCGUCCCCCUACGAGUCUCCCCGGGCUGGGAAACCGCAAACUGGUGGCAGAGAGUGUGCGCCACCCGCAGCCCGAAGUCUGGGAAGUGACGACGGGGCUCUUCAGCAGGUGGCCCAAGAGCUUGGGAUAGUUCUGAAGCCCCAGGCUGCCUCGGAAGAGAGCCUCCCUAGCGGGGAAGAGACGCGUUCCCAGGAGCGCACCGGGGGCGCGCAGAGCACACGCGCUCCUGCGGAAGAGAACCCGCCUGGGGCGAGCCAGAGCGCGGGGACAGGGGCGGCCAGGGAGCAGGCUGCGGGGGAGCUGUGCGCGGACAUCGGCCCCCAGGCGGCCACCGGGCAGAGCGUGUCGGGCCGGGCCCGGCCUCCCGCAGGGCUGAUAGAAGGGGCCCAAGUGGAGACGCGUGGGGACCUCGGCAGCAGAAGACCGGCCUCAGAAUUCAGCGACGCCAAGAGACUCAAAACCCCCGAGAAAAGGCUCAGGGCAAGGACCAGAAGUCUUGAAUCCGCCCAGACCGUCCCCACUAGCGACCAGUAA